AUUCAGAUUCAGUUGCUCAUAGCGUUUCUCCAAACUACUGAACCAAACUCGGUGACAAAAUUAGGGUUUUGCAGUGAUGGCACUGUGCAACCGCGUCAGAUCGAGAAUCUCUCUCUUCAACAGCGCCGGAUUUCUCACUUCUCAGCGAUCCACUCUUCAACGAUCCCUCGUUGCCCCUUCCAUUCCCCUCGCCUCCAGAGAUUACGCCAGCGUGCCAGGGCAAAAGAAUGACAAAGUCAAGGUCCCCCUGGCUUUGUUUGGGGUUUCAGGAAACUAUGCCUCUGCUUUGUAUAUUGCAUCUGUGAAGGCUAAAGCUGUGGAAAAGGUUGAAUCUGAGCUUCUGCAAUUUGUCGAGGCAGUAAAGGGUAGUGCCAAAUUUUCGCUGUUUAUGAAGGACUUGUCUGUGGCUAAGAAUGUUAGAGUAAAAGCCUUCCAGGAUAUUUGCGGUGCAGCUAAGUUUUCGGAUGUUACAAAGAACUUCCUUGUCAUUGUUGCUGAGAAUGGAAGGCUUAAAAAUCUAGACAAAAUUGCGAAGAGGUAUGCAGAGUUGGCAAUGGCAUAUAAGGGAGAAGUGAAAGCAACUGUGACCACUGUCGUUCCUCUCCCCCCCGAGGAGGAAAAGGCAUUGAAGGAGACUCUUCAGGAGAUAAUAGGUUCUGGAGCGAAGGUUAAUCUUGAACAGAAGAUUGAUCCAAGCAUACUUGGUGGUCUUGUGCUGGAAUUUAACCAGAAGGUCUUUGACAUGUCUAUUAAGACCAGGGCACAACAGAUGGAGAGGGUCCUCCGAGAGCCCGUAUCCAUUGCCAACAUCUAGAAGAAAACAAUUUUCUCCUAACAUUCUGUGUUAUCAUGGUUUAAAGAAAGAAAUAUUUCAUUCUUGUUCAUUAUAAAUUGUGUGGAUCUAGAUUUUUAUGGGAUGGAAUGCCAUCAUUUUGCAAAUAAAGGCAACCUAUUUCCUACUUGUUAUGCUUCAUUGCCAUUUUAGUGUAUCUGAAUGUGUUGAUAUGGAAUUUUGAGGUUUUAAUUAAUCGGUGUUGCUUCUGU